CUGUAUACAAAACCAUUUUUAUUGUUUACUUUAAAAAGUAAUGGUUUAAGUAGGGUAACCACUUUUCGUACUGCUUAACGUAUAAGUAUGUACUUCAGUUUCUAUUUCGGAUUGUGUUUUGUUUGUUUUGAUGAAUAAAAGAAAGUAUAAAAACAACAAACAAAGGGAAAUCAUCUCGUCAAGGACCUCAAAAACACAGUCUGGAUUAUCCGCCCUUGAUUAACUAAAUAUUCGAACUUUGUAUUGCAAAUUUGUUAUCAUUUUUGAGUUUGAAAAAAAUGAGGUUAGUUUUGAAAUGUUUGGUAUUUUUAACAAUUUUUAAAGUAAUAUCCUGUUCCGAUACAAGAGUAAUUCUCAGUCAUAUGCAAGAUUGGGGAAAAGAAAUUUUCAAAACUUUGACAGGAAAGAAUCGGGGACAAUACUUAGUCGCAGCUCUAUUGUCUGAUGACGACUUGAAUACACCACAUAAGAUGCCAGGCAGAUUGCUAAAAGGAUGUCCAAAUGAAGGUCCAGAUCAAGAUAAACAAAUGAUAAUGUGCUCUACUAGUGGGGUAUUUCUAAACAGAAAAAGUGAAGAAAUUUGGAAGAGAAGUCGUUGGAAUAAUGACGAAAAAUAUAGAAACCAUCCGUGGCAUGGAGAAUAUAUAUUGUUAAGGGAAGGUUUUAUAGAGAAACUUAUGGAAAAUUUCGGAACGGACAAAAAUUGUCAGGUGUACUUAUACUCCUUUUUUAUCCCAUGUGCUGACAUAAAUGGCACUCCGUACUCGUGUUCCAAUGAAAUUCUAAUUUAUAGCAAUAGGGGUGAUAUAUCAUGUAGGAUAACUGUUAUCGGGUACACAGAGGUAUUCAGACGUUCAAGCACGACACGGACAAACGAGAUGUUAGCGGUAAAUAACAUUGAUUCAGCCCGUGCACAGUUGUUUCAAAAUGUAAAAAAUGCCAAAUUGACGGCCAUUAAAGAUGUCAAGGACAGAAAUCGUGCUGUACCUUUUCAGGAAUUAAUGUUUUCGUGCCUGGUUGAAUCGCAUUUGUCAGGCUGUUGUGUAAGCUCCAUGGGUAUCUCAUCAAGCAGCAGCAGCGAAGAAAUAAUUGCGUAUUUCGUAAACAAUAUGGUACAUUCAGCCAUUUACAAGAUCAAAUCUGAUCUUAGGGCACAAACCACUCGCAAUAGAUAUUUGACGGAUUUUUAUAAUUGGACUGAAAAUGCAAUUUCACAUGAUUGCGAUGUCUGUCCGUUUGAAUUUUAUCACAAGCUUGUGAUAAAAUUCUGCACAAAAACAGCAAUGGAAUUAGCAACUGGAUUUGGGAAGCCUUCAGAUCCAAUGAACUUGUCGCAUGCAUCUUGGACAUUUAAUGGAGAACCUUGGAACAUUCUUUAUCCUAUAUCUCCCGAGCAAUUUAGAAAUACGAAGAUGCUGUUAUGUGCUAACGGACCUUUGUCAGUCAACUCCAUCUGUACGAAAUAUGACCCCUAUGAAAACAGGAAACGACAACGGGAUAAUGACAUUUAUCUGGGGAAACCUAACAAAUUUGAAGCCGGGUGACGAAAAUCGGAUGAACUGUCUGCAGGAAUCACAAAUGCGUAU